GCGAUUUCUCGCACAAUUAAACCUUCAUUGUUUGUUUUUUCUUCAGAAAAAAAGAGAGAUUUACAAUUGUAAAUUGCUCAGUUCAUCCACGCGCUCACCUCAUUUCCCUCUCUCUCCCACCCACCUCCCUUUUUUCUUACCUUCCCAUCUCCACUCACUCUCUUGCAUUAUUUGCACUAUUUCUUUUUUAAACUUUUGCACGAAAAAAGGACAAAAAAUAAAAAGAAGACUAUUUGCAUUUAUUCCUGUUACUAUUCCCUUUCGUCUAGCAUCGGUUUUAGCAUCUUUCAAUACAUCCUCAUAAUAGAUAUUUUUUAUUUUAUUCUAAUAGUAAUAGUCAUGUCUACAACCAGUAGCGAACACAUCUUCUACAACCAAGAGCAGGUUGCUCGCAUCUACGACCUCGAAACAACAACCUCCCAGCUCCGCGAGACCAUCCGCCGCUCACAAAAAACCACUGAGCGCUUAGAAAAAGAGCACCAACACACACUCGAUGAGUUCGAAAUCCUCAACAAGACGCACAGCCGCCUCGAGGCGCAGUUCUUCGCUGGCGAAUCAGAAUUAGCUGCCAUGCGCACAAAGCUCGACCGCUCACAACGCACAGCGGCGGCGCUGGAAAAAAACCUCGACACAAAGACCAAGGCCCUAGAGAAGGAGCGCGAGGGCUGGCAGCGGCGCGAGACAGAGCUUGCCGGGGAGCUGGCGGCUGCCAAGCGCAGGGCCUCGGGCCACCAGCAGAGGAGGCAGACAGUGUCGGCUGCGCAGCCGCCACCAGUGCCCUCGCAUUCGCGAUCCCUCUCCAUGUACGCCCAUGAUAUGCCUGACCUCAACAUGUCGUCGCCGCUGACGGCCGCUCGCACCCUGGCUCGCGAAAACUCCAUUGCCGCCGCUGCCGCUGCCGCCACCACUGCUGCUGCAUUGGGCGGCUCGGGCGAGAACCAGCCGGAUCAGACAGAGCAGCUGCAGAUGCAGGUACGGCUGUUGACGCGCAAGGUGCGGGAGGCCGAGAGCCGCGCGCUCCUAGCGUCGGACCAGGCCGCAGGCAUGCACAUGGAGGUGCAGCAGGCAUUGGCGCACGUCGAAGUCGUCCAGCGCAAGGCUGAGGGCCUGGAGCACACGGUCAAGCAGCUGAGCGAGCUGAACGAGUCCCUGCGCGAGGACAACGAGUCCUACCAGGUGCUCCUGCAGAUGAGCACGAUGAAGGGCGGGUUCUCGUUCAAUAACGCGCGGCCCAGCCUGGAGAGCCGCGCGAGCAGCAAUAAUACUGCUGGCAGAUCCGCCGGAUCUUCGCCCAACGCUGGCAAGGCAGCGGAGCUCGACAGCAGCUAUAUCUCAGAUGAACUUCCCCUGGCCACCUCCGGAAACGGCCUUGACCUCGCCUCCGAGCUUGACCAGGCGCUGGACCUGGACAGCAACAACGGCGAAAACAACUGCGGUGGCUCCCGCAGCAUCUAUGCGCGCGUGUCGGAGUUGGAGGAGCAGAACACGCAGCUGAAGGAGGACCUGCGCAAAACCAAGUAUGAGCGCCGCCAUCUCAGCGAGGAAAACAAGGCGCUCUCGCUGUACGUCAACAAAAUUCUCGGCCGCAUCCUCACGAGCUCCGAUGGCCUGGAGGCCGUGCUGUCGCGCGACUACGAUGCCAAGCAGAGGCCCCUGACCACAUUCGCCUCUGUGGCACCAGCUUGCUUGACCCCGCCACCACCACCAGUCAACCACAUCACGCACCCAACGAUGUUCUCCUCGAUGCCCACCCGCACAUCGACAUCGUCGCGGCCGUCCAUGAGUACUGCCACUUUUGCCGAGCCUGGCUCUGGCGAUGGCAUCACCAGUUCGCCGCCAAUGCAUACUCGCCGCACGCGCUCGGCCACGGUUGCCGUAGGCAUGGGCGACGGCCGCCAAGUCAGCUCCGUAUCACCGACAAACAAGCCUGCUGCUGCCACUAUCAGUGCCGGCGGCAGCAACGGCGUGGCGCUGGUGCCUGGUGGAAACGCAUGAGCGUCCUUCGUCUGGGCAGUGCAUGGUCGCCGUCCGACGAGUCACACGCUGAGUAAUCCACCCUCUUCCUGCAUCCAUUUUUAGCCUGAUUUUAAUUACGUAUUUUAUUUAAAAAAAUUAAAACUAAUAUGAUCUUUAUCACCCGUUGUUACUAUUAUUGCGGCCUGCUUGUCACUGGCGCUUUUGACCUGAUGUUGUUG